AUGGAGUGUGGAUAUCCUGGAGAAUUCAACACCACCAAUACCACUCCCAAAAACAUCAGACAAGAGAAUUCUGUCAGGAGUGAAGGACCUGUUAUCGGUCGUAUUCUGGCCGAGUACGGAGCGGAUGUUUUGAAGAUCACGAGCCCGAACCUCAGCGACGUGCCCUUCUUUCAGGUUGAUGGUAACAUGGGCAAGCACGCUGCUGAUCUUGACCUCAAGACUGAGGAAGGGAGGCGGCGCUUCGAGACCCUGUUAGCUGAGGCUGACGUUGUGCUUGACGGUUAUCGACCAGGAGCAUUGGAGAAGCUUGGCUACGGCGUGACUGCGUUGACUAAAUUGGCCAAAGAACGCGGUAUGGGCUUUGUUUAUGUGAAUGAGAAUUGCUUUGGCUAUCAGGGAGAAUGGUGGCGACGCCCCGGAUGGCAGCAAAUUGCCGAUUGUGUGAGUGGAGUAGCAUGGGAGCAAGGCCGCUUCAUGGGACUCGAUGAGCCAGUCGUCCCCCCAUUCCCCAUUUCCGACUAUGGAACGGGAUGCAUGGGCGCCAUCGCUGCAUUGACUGGCCUCUAUAACAGAGCAACUCAAGGCGGAUCUUGGCAUGGAAAAGCAUCACUACUGCAAUAUGACCUGCUUCUCAUCAAGCUUGGGCAGUACCCUGAAGAUAUCAAGCGUGAACUUCGGAGGCUAGUUGGCGACGACUUCCUUUCCUUGAGGCACAGCCACAGCGUCGACCAGAUCUCUGGAACAGCACUAAAGGCCAUGAAGCGUUACGCACCGGCACUGUUCACUUCACCACGUAUUCGGGAAACAUGGUACUCAAAGGGAUACGGAGCCGAGGUUGUGGCUGUUCGGCCCGUAGUAGAGAUGGAGGGGAUUGAUAUUGGGGUUAAAAGGGCCAGCAGACCUAAUGGUACAGACGAAGCGAGCUGGAACUUCGGGCCAGAGGAGGACCACAGGAUUGACACAAACGGAGACUCCGGUGCUCAAUCAAUAUGCUAG